UGUCGUCCGUCAAAAAUUGGGGGUUUUGAUAAAAAGGCGAGUCAAUUGGAAACUUUGAAUUGUGUUUCAAAAACCCUAAAAACGAUUUCUUUCUGUCACUAUCUCACUUCUCGUUUGAGUUCUUCAAGCCUUUUGUUGUUAAAAAAAAAACCCUUUGUUGUUACCUCGUCCACUUAGAUAUGGUGUUUGGACAAGUAGUUAUAGGUCCUCCUGGAUCGGGCAAGACCACUUACUGCAAUGGCAUGUCUCAGUUCCUCUCUCUUAUCGGCAGGAAGGUCGCUGUUGUGAAUCUGGAUCCUGCAAACGAUGCAUUACCGUAUGAGUGUGCUGUGAAUAUAGAAGAAUUGAUUAAGUUAGAAGAUGUUAUGUCUCAACAUUCGCUUGGUCCUAAUGGAGGUCUUAUGUAUUGUAUGGAAUACUUGGAGAAAAACAUUGACUGGCUGGAAUCUAAAUUAAAGCCUCUUUCGAAGGACCAUUACUUUCUCUUUGAUUUUCCUGGCCAAGUGGAACUCUUCUUCAAUCAUGACAGUACCAAGAAAUUUCUCACGAAGCUAAUAAAAUCCUUGAACCUUAGAUUAACUGCUGUGCAACUAAUUGAUUGCCAUCUAUGUAGUGACCCUGGUAACUAUGUAAGCUCGUUGCUUCUCUCCUUGUCCACAAUGCUUCAUAUGGAACUCCCACAUGUCAAUGUCUUGUCUAAAAUCGAUCUGAUUGGUAGCUACGGGAAGCUAGCUUUCACUUUAGAUUUCUAUACCGAUGUUCAAGACUUGUCAUACUUACAGCAUCAUCUUAAUCAAGAUCCUCGCUCUGCUAAGUACAGGAAACUAACAAGUGAGCUAUGUAGUGUCGUUGAAGAUUACGGUCUUGUUAAUUUUACAACUUUGGAUAUUCAGGAUAAAGAAAGUGUUGGGAAUCUUGUAAAGCUCAUUGAUAAGGCCAAUGGAUAUAUAUUUUCCGGGAUUGAUGCAAGCGUGGUUGAAUAUAGCAAGAUUGCAGUUGGUCAAGCUGAUUGGGAUUAUAACAGAGUCGCAGCUGUGCAAGAGAAGUAUAUGAAAGACGAGGAAACUAUAGACUGAUGAAUAGAGACAGAGCUUGAAACUUCCAAAGAAGAAGAAGAAACAAUGAUGAGCCUGGUUUAAAAUCUCUCUGAACCAAACCAUGUACCGGUUUGCAUGAACCAUUUUUUAAUUUUGGGGUGCGUUUUACGUCCAAACAACAUUGAUUACGUAAAGUUCCUGGUUAGGUUCACGGAAUUAUGCUAAUUUUGAGACGGCUUGUAGUAAUUAUAAUCAU